AUGGUGAAGGCGGUGGUGGUGGCCGUGCUGCUGAUGCAAUGCCGCGAAGUGAUCGUCGCGGCGAGGCCUUUGCUGCAUGCGGCGGCAGGGGCGGACGGCGGGACGACGAUGGUGAUGCAGGUGCUAGACAAGGGCAAUAAUGGUGGACCGAGACGCCCGGGCGGUGGCAACUGCAGCUGGAAGAAACCCGGGCACCCCGGCUGCCCGCCCCAACCAUCAUAUCGUCGUAAAUAG